AUGCGCUCCCUCCUUGCUUGCAAACACUCAUAAGCACCACUUCUCGCUUGCCGUUUGUUUAGUCCCCCUUCUUUCCUUUCCCCACAUUGUUAGUAUAAACAUUAUAUUCAACUCGUCAUGACCAGCUGGAAGGACGGAAUUUUGUUGAAGGUCGUCAAUGUCGUGGUGUACUUCCUCUUCUUAGGGUCGAACAUCUAUACAAUUGCCGCUCCUAACGAUAUCUACUACACCGGAAAAGAGACCUACAUCACUCCUGCUCCUUGGGCUUUCCUCAUCUGGACUUUGAUUCAUCUGCUUUUGCUUGGGACAGUCAUCUACCAGUUCACCGCUAGUGGCAAGAAGGUCAUCAUCGACGGCAUUUCAUGGCGUUUCCCUCUUCUGGGCAUCCUGAACGCCAUCUACGUCAACCUUUGGGCUACGCACCAUUACGUCAUCGCAUUCAUCUUGGCGCUGUUCGUCAGUUCCGCAGUGACUCACAUUUACUACAUCGUCAAGAAGCAUCACGCGCCCUCCACCACUGGUGACGAGAUUUUCGUUCACCUUCCGUUCUCGCUUUACCAUGGUUGGACUACUGUGCUGGUUGUUUUGACUGCAUUCGAGGCAUUCGGUGUAAACGCCCUCCACGAGCGCGCCGGCGUCUGGACCAAAGUCUUCGUCUUCCUUGGACUUUUCUUCCUGGAAGGCACCGCAGCUACCUAUGCGUUCUCUUCUCCCGAGGGUGAUCUUCCUGCAUCCAUUGCCAUCCUCUGGUCCCUUUGGGCAAUUUUUGCGCAUCAGACCCGCUCGGGCUUCGUCCACUGGUCUUCGCUUGCCUUUGCCAUUCUUGCAGCUCUCUGGACCCUCAAGGCCCUUUACAGCUUGGUCACCAAAUGGCGUGGCGGUGGUAUUAUGCUCGAAGACGAAGAGCGUGCACCACUGAUCGGCGGUCGCUAAAUGCAGCAAAACAAAAAAAAGGUUGUCUUUGCUACUUUGAAGUUUGAUUCUCGAAAGCUUUGGUUUCUUGCAUGAUGUUUAUGUUUCUAUUGCUCCUUGUAACGUUUAUGUACUCUGGUCGUGGAGUCGAAGACAAUUAUUCCAGGCUGUAAUCUGUCUAUAGUCACUGGGUGAAUCUUGCAAGUCAAUCAUGCGAAAGU